AUGGCAGGGGUAUUUGAGGAAAGCUCUCCCAAAACGGGGACUGGAUACAUCGUACAAGAUGUACACGAUGUCGAAAAUCAACCACAUGCGGGUCCUUUGGAUCCAAGGGACAUCACCGAGGACGGGCAGAUCGUGACCCAGCAUGAACGGCAGAGUUUGAUCCGGGGCCUGGGGCAGCGCCAUAUUCAGAUGAUUGCCAUUGCCGGUGCGAUUGGAACGGGUCUUUUUCUCGGUCUCGGUGGCUCUAUCGCCACGGGUGGUCCGCUAGGUGCUCUUCUGGGCUAUAUGUUUGUCGGCCUAGUCGUCUGCAGUAUUCAAUUUGCACUGGGUGAGGUUUCAGCCCUGCUACCCGUCACCGGAUCCUUUGUGCGACACGCAGAAGUCCUAGUUGAUCCCGCGCUGGCAUUUGCCGUCGGCUGGAACGUCGUCUAUGGCUGCUUUAUCAGCGUACCUAGUGAGAUCUCUGCCAGUGUGGUUUUGAUCCAGUACUGGACGGAUAUCAACGCCGCUGUCUGGGUGACCAUCCUUAUUGUGGUGUCUGUGGUUGUCGCCAUUUCAUUUAUCCGCGUCUAUGGCGAGAUAGAGUUCAUAUUCGCCAUUCUCAAGAUCUUGUUGGUUGUCUUUGUUGUUAUUCUAGGUCUCGUCAUUGACCUGGGUGGUGUGCCUGGUGUACCCAGGCGCGGAUUCCACUACUGGAAAGACCCCGGUCCGUUCGUCGAGUAUAUCUCUACUGGGUCUUGGGGCCGUUUCCUCGGAUUCUGGGCUGUCAUGACCAAUGCAGUGUACUCGUUCGCCGGAGUGGAAUCCCUGGCCAUGGCCGCUGCUGAAACCAAGAACCCGCGACAGAAUAUCCCCAAGGCCUGCAAGCGUGUCUUCGCACGUGUGUCGAUCUUUUACCUGGCCGCUGUGCUGGUUGUGGGUAUGCUUGUUUCCAGCGCUGAUGAGCGUCUCGGCUCAGACUCUGGCACAGCUGCUACCAGUCCAUUUGUGAUUGCUGCUGGUGACGCAGGCAUCAAGGCUAUUCCAUCUGUUGUGAAUGCAGUUUGCUUGACCUCUGCAUGGUCCGCGUCUAACCAGAGUAUUCUGGCGGGAACGAGAACAUUGUACGGUCUUGCGAUCAAGGGCCAUGCUCCCAAGAUUUUCUUGCGGACGACAAAGUGGGGUGUGCCCUACAUGUGCGUGCUGCUACAAAUCUUGUUCUCGUUGCUGGCUUACAUGUGUGUUUCUAAUGACGCGAUGAAUGUCUUCUGGUGGUUCGUUGAUUUGACCGCUGCUGGUACUUUGGUCUCGUGGAUCACAAUCGCAUUGAACCAUAUUCGUUUAUUGAAGGCAAUGGACAAACAGGGCAUUCCGGCCUCUGAGUUGCCGUGGCAUAAUCGUAUUACCAGAUAUACUUCCUGGUUUGCGUUGAUCUCCUGUGUCCUCAUUCUUCUGACUGGAGGCUUUGAGGUAUUCACGACCGGAAAUUGGGAUCCUGCCUCAUUUGUUUCGUCGUAUCUUGACAUCCCGCUUGUUCUUGGCGCGUACGGAGGAUACAAGUUCUUCCGCCGGACAGAAAUCAUUCCCUUGAAAAUGGUACCGGUCCACCAGGCACUUAACGAGGCCAACAAUGACCCGGAGAACAUUCCAAUCAAGAAGGAUAGCAUCCUCGCGAAGAUGAAUAUUCUCUGGGGCGACACCGCCAUUGCAAUUGUCUCCCUUCCAGGGGUUCCCCAAGCAGAGCUCAUCAAUAGCUUCCGGAUGAGCAGGGCAAGCCAGGACAUCCGAAUGCUCUUCUCCGUCGCUGCCGGCGCAAUCUCCAUUCCCGUCGUUGCCGGCAGGCACAGCAUAGCCCUGAGGCAUGGGUUUGGCCAGGCCUAG